CAGCUAACUGGCAGAAGAAGCCGUGCGGAGCGGAGCCGACUCAGCGCCGCCACUUCUCAGCCUGUGUUUAUACGAUUAGCGGAGGCUUUAACGACACCUGAGACGCUCCAUAAUAAGCCACCUCAUCCAUGUUACCUUACACAAUUUCAUCCCCACGAUAGCUACGUUUUUACAUGUAACCGAGGCGCAUGGAGUCCGCGUUGAAAAGGUCGGCGAGGUGUUUUGCGGACAAGAGACCAUCCUAAGCUAAUGUGAGCUAGCCGCAGCAAGCCACGGACUGAACGGUGCGGACUUGAGUGGAGAAGCUCGGUGCCCACUCUACUGACUGACGGACGGACAUUAACCUUAACAAUGGGACUCAUAUUCGCCAAACUGUGGAGCUUCUUCUGUAACCAAGAGCACAAAGUGAUCAUCGUUGGACUAGAUAAUGCAGGGAAAACCACUAUACUCUACCAAUUUCUGAUGAGCGAGGUUGUCCACACGUCGCCCACUAUCGGAAGCAACGUGGAAGAAAUAGUGGUGAAGAACACCCACUUUCUGAUGUGGGAUAUAGGAGGGCAGGAGUCUCUCAGGUCCUCGUGGAACACCUACUACUCUAAUACAGAGUUCAUCAUUUUGGUGGUGGACAGCACAGACCGAGAGAGGCUGGCCAUCUCGAAAGAGGAGCUCUACAGGAUGUUGGCGCAUGAGGACCUGCGGAAAGCAGCUGUGUUGAUAUUUGCCAAUAAGCAGGAUAUGAAGGACUGUAUGUCUGCAGCGGAGAUCUCCAAAUACCUCACCCUGAGCUCCAUCAAAGACCACCCCUGGCACAUACAGUCCUGCUGUGCACUUACAGGAGAGGGUUUAUGCCAAGGCCUUGAGUGGAUGACCUCGAGGGCUGGACUCAGAUAGCCCCAUCAUCUGCCACGGAUGGCCUGACUACCUGCACCACCCGAAUGGUGGCACAACAGCUUGUCCUUACUGGCUUAUUGUUACUUUUUAUUUUUUUAAUGAUGAAUUUUAACGGACUUAGACCUCUGGAGACGACGGGCGGCAUCGCCACCUCCCACAGCUUCAUUGUUACAGCAGCGCUGGCGUCGGCAGCGACGUGACUAGAAACAAUGAACUCACCUGGUUGUGGAACGAGACGUCGCUUUUACAGUGAAGGAGGAGAAUAAAGGAAUAUUCAGCAGGACUCAAGCUAAGAGUACGUUCAAGUGCAGACGCUCAUCACUUACAACACGUACAUAUCAUGAACAUCACACCAUAUCAUGAACAUCACGUUGGGGGAAAGCUGGUGCAGCUCUAUUAUAGAGAAGUUUGUUCGGGUUAAAUGGGACAAAAAAAAGGAAUUACAGGCAGCAUUGUAAACCCAGUCCUGGGGGGGAUGACACUAAGUUGUUUUGUUUUCUCAUUCUUAGCACAGACAUUGAUAUGUUACACAUGAUUUCAGUUUCAUAAGCUACAUUGUCGGUGGUUUUUCUCACACUACAACUUAUCGGUGCCGUAUGAAAACGCGGUCAAACAUUAGCCUCGCUUAUUAUUAUUAUUAUUAUCAUUAUUAUUAUUAACGUUGAGCCUGUACUUGUAUGUAACUGAGCCAAAUGGUGUAGAUUCAGCGUGUUGGCGUGCAAACCUUUUCAUAAACUUGACCUUUCUGGAAUAAAACGGAAAAUACUUCAGCCUUUUAUUUACUUUAGCAAAGCAUUAAGAAAUGCAGAAUCAUGCAGGUACAAAGCUCACUUUUAACAGUAUUUUGAAUUGAAUGACUGCUUUUUUUGUUUUUGUCACUGAUGCAUUAUGAUUUUUAUUUAAUUUUUUGCUUAUCAUUGCUUAUUUUCAUUGCAAAGGAGUGCAGGUUUGCUCGUGGUGAGUUAGCAUAGACCGGUUUUAUAUCGUUGGUGCUCUGCAGGUGUGUGACUGAUCCACUGCAUCCUCCUAUAAAACGGCUUGUUCAUUUUCUGCAGCUGUGUUUUUUUUUUGUUUUUUUUUUGUGGGGGUGCAUAUUUCUCUUUAAACAUUUUGUACUUUUUAAAAAACAAAGGGAUCAGAUAAUGCCACCGUAAAAAAUGUGCCACACACAUUUAUCGGAAGUCGUUACUCACCACUUUAGUAGCAUCAAGAUUUUGGCCAUUGUAUAGUUAAAAUACUUGAUCCUCAGCCUUAACCAUGCUGCUGUGAGUGUCUGGAGGGCCGUGUGUGACUCUGACAGUCUGCUUAUGAGUUUCCCCUCUGACCCAAGGAAGAAGUAUGUGAACUUGGUAACAGAUCUAUGCACGUGCGAAGUUUCACAGUGGCCAAAAAAGGGGAUGUGCAUCUUGGUCUCAAGAAUAUAGUGGGGGGGUUUGUUGUGGGACAAGGUAUUUUUUACACUUGAUAGGAAGAAGGGUGAUGUACAGCCCCCAGACUCUGCAGCAUUAAGGUUUACAGCUUUUUACCUUGACCUCACAAAGCAAAGGAACCGAUCAUGUACUCUGUGUGGUGGCGUCUAGUCUGGGUCAUGUACUGUAUGUCAGUUUUGUUUUCAAUAAAAAAAAGUUUUGAACUGAG